GUUCGUACCCCAGCCCAGUUCUUCAUUUAAGAAUCUUAACGUACAGCGGGUUAUCAGUGGCAUGCAAAAUGGUCUUUGAGCGACUUUAUCAAGAUUUUAAAAGGGAAAUCAGUAUACUUCUUCAGGCGGCGAUUAUAGUUACGACUCUAGAUGGAACUGAAGCCAUAAACGCGUUUAAAUUAGCGAUUAGAAUGCUUCCAAUAGCAGUAAUAGGUCUUAUAUUUAUAUACUUAUGUGUAUUUCAAGUGAUCGUGAAUGUAUCGCUUAUGUGGAAUGACUCCCCAUUCAUGAGAAUCCAGACCGGUAUAAUUGUGGAUAUCAUAUUCAUCGUCGUAAUCCCAGUUAUUAUCUACGUCUUCUUCUCGUCAAGGACAAUCCCAAACCAAGACUUUCAUUGGUAUGAAAAGGAACGAAUAUCCACGGGAGAUCAAAACCCGGUCACGCCAAUCCUUUUGAAACUUUUCAAGCAACUCUUCAUAAAUAUGGCUAGUGUCGCGGAGUUCAGGUUCCAAACAAACAUUAUGAAAGGUAUGUUCCAGAUCGUCAAGAAUUGGUAACGGGAUCGUCCUGAAGAAACAAAACUCCUCAACUAAUGCAUCUUGAUACUGAACAAUUACAAUAGGCCAUGUAUUCAAAAUUGAAUUGUAAUUUUAGUAAAUACAUAAUGUAGAAUUCUUGUACAACCACUGUAUUUAGAAAUACUACUACUCUGGUAAAUAUAAAACCUACU